ACUUUCCAAAAGUAAAAGAGAGCCAUUCUUUAGAAACUAUAAACAGACAAAAACAGAAUAUAUAUAAGUAAGGUUCACAAUAAAUCAAUUAUAUACUAGUAUAUAUGUAGAUCAGCAUCACAGUAUUAGAGAGUUGAAGUUGAGUAUAUUGGAUUUGCAGAUUUUCUUAGAAUGGGAGAAGUGAAGGUGAUUGGGGCUAUUACAACCCAGUUUUGCACCAGAGUUGAAUGGGCUCUGAAACUAAAAGGUGUUGAGUAUGAGUACAUUGAAGAAGAUGUAAGAAACAAGAGUCCUACUCUUCUCAAGCUCAACCCUGUUCACAAGAAGGUCCCAGUGCUUGUUCAUGAUGACAAACCAAUUGUUGAGUCCCUUAUCAUCCUUGAAUACAUCGACGAGACAUGGAAGGCCAACCCCUUACUGCCUCAAGAUCCUUAUGAGAGAGCCAUUGCUCGUUUCUGGGCUAAGUUUGCUGAUGAGAAGUGUGUUUGGGGUGCAUGGGGAGCUUGCAAGGCUGAAGGUGAAGAGAAAGAAAAGGCGAUACAGUGUGCACAAGAAUCUCUAGCAUUUCUUGAGAAACAUAUUGAAGGGAAGAAGUUUUUUGGAGGAGAAGAGAUAGGAUUUAUGGAUCUGGUAGUGGGUUGGAUACCUCUUUGGCUCGGCAGCAUGGAAGAAGCCGGAAAUAUGAAGCUACUUGAGGCCGAGAAAUUUCCUUUCCUCCAUGAAUGGGCGGAAAACUUCAUCCAAAUUCCACUCAUUAAGGAAUGCCUUCCACCUAGAGAAAAACUGACCAAUUACUUCCAAGCUACUCUCAACUACUUGCGUUCCUUAGCCAACAACAAGCCAUGAUCAGUUUCGGCUUUUAUUUGCCGUAUCUUAGCAGCUUUGAUGUGCUUUGAUUUAAUAAUUAAGCUGGAUGGUCUUGUAUUGAGGUGUACUAAAUUUUUGUGUGUCAUAUGAUUUGCUUGUUGAAUACAUUUGAAGUUUAAU